GGAUAGAGAAUUUCAGAGAGACCCAAGUCUCCAGCCCCAAAGAGUUGGGGAUACAGAGGAAAGCAGAAAACAAAAUUCUAAAAAUGUGUCUGUGAUGAUACAUAGUUUACCAUUUCACAAGUCACUGGUGAUCAAAAGAGCAAAGCAACCAUACUGCUUAGCCAGUGAAGCCAGGCAGACACGUUUCCCCUGAGGACUCGUGGGACAAAAAGCAGGUGGAUAUCUGUGUGUUCAAGUCUACCCAGGGCCACACUAGAUUGAACCAGCUUAACAGAGUAACAGAGCUCAUGCCCUUGAUCCCAGCAAUAGAGUGGAAUAAACGAUAAGAGCGGUGUUUUCAGUAAUCAGGCUCAAGAAGUCAGUUUACCUAACGUUCCAGUUUUGGAUCAUCGAUUCCGAAGGAGAGAAAACACAAGGCAUGAAGAGCCCAAGAUUCUUCAGGUUCCAGCAAAAUCAGCAGUGGGGAUUCAGAAAGUUCAUCCCUCGACAUUCCCUCUUGGCCCAGGAGCCUUGGCUGCUCGAAGACAAUGAACUCAGCCUGAGAUGCAAGGUGACUGUGGCCCAAGACUCCUUAGGCUUCUCUGACGAGACCACGAUGCCAGGGAUCCAGGUUCCAAGGUGCACUCUGGCAGAUGAGCUAGGAGAGCUGUGGGAGAAUUCCUUCUUCACAGACUGCUGCCUGGUGGUAGCUGGCCAGGAAUUCCGGGCUCACAAGGCCAUCUUAGCAGCUCGCUCUCCAGUUUUCAGAGCCAUGUUUGAACAUGACAUGCAGGAGAGCAGAACAAACCGCAUUGAGAUCCACGACCUGGAGCCUCAAUGCUUCAGAGCAAUGAUGGGCUUCCUUUACACCGGGAAGGCACCGGAUCUCCACAGCAUGGCAGAUGUACUGCUUGCAGCUGCCGACAAGUACGGCCUGGAGCGUUUGAAGGUCAUGUGUGAGGACGCCCUCUGCAAGGACCUCUCCGUGGAGACUGCUGCCCACACUCUCGUCAUGGCUGACCUCCACAGUGCAGGGCAGCUGAAAACCCAGGUGCUGGAUUUCAUAACAGCUCAUGCUUCUGAAGUCUCUGAGACUUCAAGCUGGAAGACAAUGGUGGGCUCAUAUCCCCACUUGCUGGCUGAAGCAUACAGCUCCCUGGCUUCUGCUCACUGCUCAUUACUGGAGACCCCUCCCAAACGCCUCAAGCAAUCUUAGGAUCCUGUCAGC